GAAACUUGGCAAAACGAGAAACUCCUUCUGACACGGAUACUGGAUAUUUGGAACCAGUCCGAACAGGGGAAACUGGACAGAACUCAUCAGUUUACAAUGAGAUUGAGCUGCAGCCCCCUCAGCCGCAUGUGUAUGACAGCAUUCUUGAUGCACCUGUACACAUAGACAAUGACUACGUUAAUAUUGGUCCAAAGGCAAAGGAGCAAAUGCCACACACCAACGGACAACAGAUGCAUUUAGACCAGCCAGAUAGCGUUCAAUAUGAUUACUCAGAUGAUAACCAUAUUUAUGAGAAACUUAAAAGACAUUGAACAUAAUGUUAACGAUUAAAAGAACCGUGUCUACAUGAAACAGUUGUCAUGAUAAUGCAAACUAAUAUGCAAUACCAGAAAAUAUCAAGAUAUGCAAAAAACUGAAACUUGAUAUACAAACAAGUUCAGUGAAAUACUGUUUGAUACUGAAUGAAAAGACUGUUCAACGAACACUUGGUAAAACAAUUAUAAAUAUGCAAGUCGAACGGCGUAGCAUGAGGUAAAAAUAAAAAAAACUUUCUGACUUAAUUAUUUAUCAUAGCAAACGAUCGGUAAUUGAAAUUGCCCGGUAUCUACAACUAUAUAUAACUACUUUUACAUGACAAUAAAUAACAAU